AUGGGAACUCAGCUUCGCCUCUUCCUUGAGCUUCCAACUCCACCUCUCACUUCAUCACCUCCUCUCAGACUCAACAAAUCCUUAGUAAUUACUAACAACAUCCUACGCUGCAAUUCCACUUGCUUUCACCGCAGAAAUGGACGGUUCAGACUCGAUCCUCCAAAUCCCGACGAUGAUGACGAUGAGUUCGAGUUCACCAGCGCCGCGAAGCAGAGGAACUGGUGGUCUGGUUAUGAUGAUUACGAUGAUGUCUGGGAAUUCGACGAGGAUAAUGAGUUCUGGGUUUUCAAGAUAUUUAGAGCUUUUGGCUGGAUGCUACCAGCCAUUGCCAUAUCGUUGUUGCUUGGAACUGGCCCAAAUGCUUUUAUCAUGGCGUUAGCAGUACCACUAGGGCAGUCAGCACUUUCACUUGUGUUCGAUAAAGUUUCUGGAAGGACAAGUGAGAGUUGGAAAUCUGCACCCAGACGCAAGACCAAGAAGAAACAAUUUACAAGAGCUGCUGCUAAUAACACAAGAACGAACAAGGGAAAACAAGAACCGAAUAAGACUGGUGGAGAGAAGGAAAGUUACAGCUCAUGGUUGAAUACGGAUGGUGGUUUACAAGGAAAGGGUGGUCAGAGAGUCCCAAAGUAUGGCGGAUGGGAUCAACUGGAUGAUCAAGUAGAGACCCAAAAAAGGGCAACAAGUCGGAAGGGAAAUGGAGCACCGAAGCAACGAAAGGAGGAUAAAUUUAGCAGGGUAGGGAGAGACAGAGUCAGAGACACACCGUUGCUGCUGAGGUUGUUGAUUGCCGUUUUUCCAUUCUUGGGAUCUUGGACUAGGUUCCUGUUUUGAUUUUUCUACUACCAGAAAAUGCAUGGUCGUCAUUGACAGAAAGAAAAAUGAACUUAUACUGCUGCUGCUUAGGCACUGUCCAUACUGGACAUGAGAAGAAGCCAGUGCAAUGUGACGCUACCAACCAAGUGCCAGUUUGGUGCUGAAAGUAAGUUGGGAAAGAAAAAGGCAAAUUAGCCGUAAGCUUGUUUAUACCUUAUAAACUGCAUGUGCAUACCAAUUGGAUAAAUUGAGUUGGGAUAGGAGGUAUUGGGAUGUUAUCGUAGGUGAUGUUGUAUCAGUGAAUGGAUUGUGUGAUCUUUGCCUAACCCUAUACCACUGCCAUUUUUAUUUUUAUUUGGUAAGUCCUUGGUCACCUGUACGUAUGUGAUGAAAUCUGAUGUAAAAUUAUUAAACAAUUGAAAUUUAUAUACACCUGCAUUAAUGUACAUAAACAUCGAGGAACUUUGUUCAA